GACACUAUGCCUCCCAAAGCAUCAGGAAAGGCUGCCAAGAAAGCUGGCAAGGCACAGAAGGCCAUUGCCAAGGGCGACAAGAAGAAGAAGCGCAGGAGGAAGGAGAGCUACUCCAUCUACAUCUACAAGGUGCUCAAGCAAGUCCACCCAGACACUGGCGUGUCCUCCAAGGCCAUGUCAAUCAUGAACUCGUUCGUGAAUGACAUUUUCGAGCGCAUCGCUGCCGAGGCAUCCCGCCUGGCACACUAUAACAAGCGCUCCACCAUCACCAGCCGGGAAAUCCAGACCGCUGUCCGUCUUCUUCUGCCUGGUUAACUGGCAAAACACGCUGUUUCUGAAGGCACCAAGGCUAUUAACCGCAGUCACCGCAUGAAAGAUGUGAUCAUUAUUGUUAGUCUAAUUCAUUUUGUUCUUAUUCUUAUUCUUAUUCUUAUUCUUUCUUCC